ACAAAUACCAGAAGCUACGGAUUCUCAGCUGUGAGUGGUUUUGUUUAUCUUGUCAAUUAUUUUGGCAAUGCUUACGAUGUGGAACAACUAAAAGUUGAAUGGAAUGAACCAAACUCAAUUGGGAUCAACGAGGAUAUUAUGAUGCCGGACAUGCGGCUUAAAGAAAUUAAACCAACCUUAAAGAACACUACGUAUGUCACUGGCAUCUGGAGUUGUGCGAUCGCACAGUUUGUCGUCGAUCGAGAAAUUAUGCAUCACUUGCUUCAAAGUUAUCUACCUACAGCAUUAAUUGUGGUAAUCAGUUGGUUUGGAUUUUGGUUGGACGUAGAAUCUGUGCCUGGAAGAGUAUCGCUUAGUAUUACAACUUUGCUAACGUUGGCAACGCAAAGCUCAGCAGCUCGAAUGGCUUUACCUCAGGCUAGCUACGUAAAAGCAAUAGAUGUUUGGAUAGGAACAUGUAUGGCCUUUGCUUUCGCUGCCAUGAUCGAAUUUACUGUUGUUAGUUACUGUCUUCGUGUGAAAUGGAAACAAAAGGACAAAGGUUUUGUCGCUUUAUUCCAACAAAUGUUUCUCAGCCCAUCACCUCAGGUAUGGUCUGCUUACCAGAAUAACGCCUCAAAAAACUAAAG